GAGCGAGAUUGGAGAAGCCUUAAAACCGUCUGCGUCCCGAUCGGCUCACUUCUGCCUCCCCUGGCCAGAGGCGCAGCCCGGGAGGAGGCGAGAGUGCCCAGAGGAACCUCUGCUUCAUCUCCCCGGCAAGCCCAGGUUCAGACUCACUCGGCAGCCAAGUUGGGCAGAGACGAGCAGGGGCUCCCGGCCCCAUGGAGGCGACCCUCAAGUGCCUGUGGGUCUGCGCCCUCCUCGGUCCCGUGGUAGCCAACCUCCUGCAAGAAGAAUGUCUCAUAGUACAGAGCAUAGAGUUGGAGCGGGAAAAGUGCUUGAAAUAUGAACAAAUAGAAAAUGUGACUGAAGGCUGCCGGCAGAUGUGGGACAAUAUCACGUGCUGGCCACCAGCUGCCUGGGGCCAAGUGGUCAUCAUGCCCUGCCCCAAGAUCUUUGAACACUUGUUCUCAAGCCAGGGUGGUAACGUGACCAGGACAUGCACCAUCAAAGGAUGGACAGACUUGGUCCCAGCUCCCUACCCUAUUGCCUGUGGCUCUGAUGACAACUCAACAACACCCCGUGAUAAGCAAUCUUUCUAUGGCUCUGUGAAGACUGGAUACACUAUAGGCCACAGCCUUUCCCUCAUUGCACUCACCAUAGCCAUGGUCAUCCUAUGUGUGUUCAGGAAGCUGCACUGCACCCGCAACUACAUCCACAUGCACCUGUUCACAUCCUUCAUCCUUCGGGCAGUUGCUGUCUUCCUCAAAGACACUGUCCUCUUCCUAGUCCUCGAGGAUGACGGAUGCUCCCAAGGCUCAGUAGGCUGCAAAGCCACCAUGGUAUUCUUCCAAUACUGCAUUAUGGCCAACUUCUUCUGGCUGCUGGUAGAAGGCCUCUACCUUCACACCCUGCUGGCCAUCUCCUUCUUCUCUGAACGGAAAUACUUCUGGUGGUACAUCCUCAUUGGCUGGGGGGUCCCUGGCUUGUUCAUCACUGCAUGGGCACUCACCAGACUCCAUUUUUACAACAUUGGGUGCUGGCAGAACAUUCAGUCUCCAUCCUGGUGGAUCAUUAAGGCACCCAUUUUGGCUUCUAUAUUGGUGAACUUCAUUUUCUUCAUCCUCAUCAUCCGAAUUCUGGUUCAGAAGCUACACCCCCCAGACAUGGGGAGAAAUGAGAGCAGCCAAUAUAGGAGACUGGCCAAAUCAACACUGCUGCUGAUCCCGCUCUUUGGUGCGCACUACAUCAUGUUUGCCUUCUUCCCAGACAACUUUAAGAAAGAAGUGAAGGUGGUGUUUGAGCUUAUUUUGGGCUCUUUCCAGGGCUUUGUGGUAGCUGUUCUGUACUGCUUCCUCAACGGGGAGGUCCAGGCAGAGUUCAAACGUAAAUGGCGGCGGUGGCGCCUGGAACGAUUCUUGGGCCCGGACCUCAAGUACCACCACCCAUCUGUGGCUAGCAAUGGCUCCAACUUCAGCACACAGAUCUCCAUGCUGACACGGACCAGCCCUAAGGACCGACGCUCCUCCAGUAUCCAGGCUGACUUUUCGCUAGUCUGACCAGGGCAUCUCUCUCCCCAGGGUCCCCAACCCUCUCCUAUAUAUCAGAGUAUUGGUCACAGAAAGGGGCAGGCAAAGAGGCACUCAAGAUGAAAAGACUGUAAGCUAGAGGAAAGCCUGCCUCAGACAGGAUGCCUCUUAGAUUCUUCUGCUCUGUUAGAAUCCUUUGAUUGGCUUCCAGAGGCAUAGCUAGCCCACGGUCUGGAAGCUCAAACAUUCUUGGAGUUCCCCAGGCUUAACUAGGUUCUAUCCCAUGAGCUGUCCCCUAUCCUGGUCCUCAGACCCAGGAGCUGCCACAGCUCAAGUGACAUGGGGCCAGGGGAGAGGGAUAAGUGGGAAGGGCUCAGGUCUCCGGGAAGCUCACAAAUUCCUCUCUAGCCUUGGCAAAUCCAUGUGGCCCCUGGAGGAAACUACUGGACAGGUAGAGAGAAAUCCUCCAUCUCUCUCUGCAGGGAACCAUGUCCUUUUUUUUUUUUUUUUUUUUGCCAGUCACAGAUGGUGAAAGCAAACUGCCCUUUGGCAAAAAGAUCCUGGGCAAAGGCAGAAGUCUGCAAAAUGGUAUAUGUGUCUAUGCACAUAUAUGUGGGAAGAAGAUAUCUAAUAUGUAUGGCAGAGCAAGGAGAAGAAGAAGUCAGCCCAUCUCCAUUAUAUGACCGAGGAAGUGUGAAGAGGGCAGAAGGCUGAGACCUAAGAUGCACCUCCCCACAGAUUCAAGGAGGAGAGCCUGUACACUCUCUCCUGGGUUCCUUGGGCUUCCUGCUGCUCAGACAAGAGGGAAGGGUUGUAGAGGAUGGGGAAUGGGAAAGCAUGUUUGGAGAUGUCACAUUCAGUGUGGGGUAGGGGAAAGAGUCCUGGAUUCAAAGUUGGGAGACCAGGAUUUGAAACCCAGCUCUGUUACUUACUAGCUGUGUAGCUCUAAGCCAGUCACAUCCCUUUUCUGGGACUCAGUUUCUUCAUCUGUAAAUGGGUUAAUAAUACUUGUCACCUACCUCACAGAGCUAUUGUUAAGAAUCAAGUGAAAUGAUGUAUGUGCAACCCUUUGUAGCCAAAAAGUAAUAUGGAAAUAUAAGCUAUGGUUAUUAUUAUCCGCA